AUGAGUGUAAUAAAACCACCCGACCCACUCGAUUUUACAAAAGCUGUUACUUGCUGGCCAGAUUGGAAACGAUGUUUUGAGAGAUAUCGAAUAGCAACAAAACUGUUUAAAUUAAAGAAGACGAGGUCAUUCAAGUUAGCACACUUCUAUACACUAUGGGGAAUGAAAGAGAGUAGCUACGUGUUUACACAGCUUGCGUUGGACGAAGAAGCGAAAGAUUGCGCAUUCGUAGUCGAUAAAUUCGAUGGACAAUUCGGACAAGAGAGAAAUAUUAUUCACGAACGAGCUAUGUUUCAUCAAAGAUCCCACCACUCCACCAU